AAAUCUUCUCUACGUCUACCCACAGAGACUGAACUUUGCUAACAAACUAGCAUCUGCCCGGAACAUUACAAUAAAGAUCCAGUUUAUGUGUGGAGAAGACCCCAGCAAUGCCAUGCCAGUCAUCUUUGGGAAGUCCAGUGGACCUGAAUUCCUGCAGGAAGUGUACACAGCAAUUACAUACCAUAAUAAGUCUCCCGACUUUUAUGAAGAAGUAAAAAUUAAGCUCCCUGCCAAGCUCACGGUGAAUCACCACCUCCUCUUCACCUUCUACCACAUCAGCUGCCAGCAGAAGCAAGGAGCCUCGGGAGAAAGUCUUCUGGGGUAUUCGUGGCUGCCGAUUCUCUUAAAUGAACGUCUUCAAACCGGAUCCUAUUGUCUCCCAGUUGCCUUGGAAAAACUGCCACCCAACUACUCCAUACAUUCUGCUGAGAAAGUCCCUUUACAGAAUCCCCCCAUCAAGUGGGCUGAGGGCCAUAAGGGGGUAUUUAAUAUUGAAGUGCAAGCUGUGUCUUCCGUUCACACCCAGGACAACCACCUGGAGAAGUUCUUCACCCUUUGCCACUCUCUGGAGAGCCAAGUGACCUUCCCUAUCCGUGUUCUGGACCAGAAGAUCACAGAGAGCACACUGGAGCAUGAGCUAAAACUCAGCAUCAUCUGCCUGAACUCCUCCCGCCUGGAGCCCCUGGUGCUCUUCCUCCACCUGGUGCUGGACAAACUCUUCCAGCUUUCUGUGCAGCCCAUGGUCAUUGCUGGACAAACAGCAAACUUCUCCCAGUUUGCCUUUGAGUCUGUGGUGGCCAUUGCAAACAGCCUGCACAACAGCAAGGACCUGAGAAAGGACCAACAUGGGAGGAACUGCCUGCUGGCCUCCUACGUGCAUUAUGUCUUCCGGCUGCCUGAGCUGCACAGGGAUGCACCCAAGUCAGGUGGUCCUGCCGCCAUCCCCGACCCCCGAUACCACACCUAUGGACGCACUUCUGCUGCUGCCGUGAGUUCAAAGCUGAUACAGGCCCGUGUGAUGAGCAGCAGCAAUCCAGACCUGGCUGGGGCACACUGUGCAGCGGACGAGGAAGUUAAGAACAUCAUGUCUUCAAAGAUUGCUGAUCGAAACUGCAGCCGGAUGUCUUACUAUUGCUCUGGCAAUAAUGAUGCUACAGGUUCCACUGCAGCCCCAAGACCAGUCAGCAAAAAGCAUUUUCACGAGGAGCUCGCCCUGCAGAUGGUGGUCAGCACUGGACUAGUGAGAGAAACCGUCUUCAAGUAUGCCUGGUUCUUCUUCGAACUUCUGGUGAAAAGCAUGGCGCAGUACGUACAUAACCUGGAUAAACGUGACAGUUUUCGGAGGACUCGUUUUUCUGACCGCUUCAAAGAUGACAUAACGACCAUUGUGAAUGUGGUCACCUCGGAGAUUGCAGCCCUUUUAGUGAAACCUCAGAAGGAAAGUGAACAGGCGGAGAAGAUCAACAUCAGCCUGGCUUUCUUCUUGUAUGACCUUCUCUCACUCAUGGACAGGGGCUUCGUGUUCAACCUCAUCAAGCAUUAUUGCAACCAGUUUCACACAGGAAAUGCGAUGCAGCUGUGGAGAGGUCUGUCCGGUUCUGGGCUUGGGACUGCUAAUGCGCUGAACUGCACACUAUCAGCCAAGCUCAAUACCCUUCCAACACUCAUUUCCAUGCGGCUGGAGUUCCUGAGAAUCCUCUGUAGCCACGAACAUUACCUCAACCUGAACCUCCUCUUCAUGAAUACAGAUACUGCACCAGCCUCUCCCUGUCCCUCCAUAUCCUCCCAGAACUCAAGCUCCUGCUCCAGUUUCCAGGACCAAAAGAUUGCCAGUAUGUUCGACCUGACCCCGGAGUACCGGCAGCAGCACUUUCUCACGGGGCUCCUCUUCACAGAGCUGGCUGUCGCCCUGGAUUCUGAAGGGGAUGGAAUCAGCAGAGUGCAGAGAAAAGCUGUGAGCGCCAUCCAUAGCCUCCUGAGUUCUCACGACCUGGAUCCACGGUGUCUCAAACCAGAAGUCAAGGUUAAGAUCGCUGCCCUUUACUUGCCCUUGGUCGGCAUCAUUCUGGACGCCUUGCCACAGCUCUAUGACUUUACAGUUGCAGAUGCUCGAAGUGGAAGGAGCCGCGCCAGUGGCUCUUACGAAGAACAAGAUGUGGCCAAUGGAAUCAACCAGAAUGUGGCCCUGGCCAUAGCAGGGAAUCAUUUUAACUUGAAGACAAGUGGAGCAAUGCUGUCUUCCUUGCCCUAUAAGCAAUACAGCAUGCUGAGUGCAGACACCACCCGCCACCUCAUGAUCUGCUUCCUGUGGAUCAUGAAAAAUGCUGACCAGAGCCUCAUUCGGAGGUGGAUUGCUGACCUGCCUUCCAUGCAGCUCAACAGGAUUUUAGACCUGCUGUUCAUCUGUGUCUCCUGUUUUGAGUACAAGGGAAAGCAGAGCUCUGACAAAGUCAGUAAUCAAGUCCUGCAGAAGUCAAGGGAUGUCAAGGCCAAGCUGGAAGAGGCCCUGCUCCGUGGGGAAGGAGCCCGUGGGGAGAUGAUGCGUCGUCGCACUCCAGGGAAUGACCGAUUUACAGGCCUAAAUGAAAAUCUGAGAUGGCGGAAAGAGCAGACACAGUGGCGGCAAGCUAACGAGAAGAUGGAUAAAACAAAGGCAGAGUUAGAUCAAGAAGCCUUGAUCAGUGGCAAUCUGGCAACAGAAGCAAAUUUAAUCACACUGGAUAUGCAGGAAAACAUCAUCCAGGCAAGCUCCGCCCUGGACUGUAAAGACAGCCUGCUGGGAGGUGUCCUUCGAGUCCUGGUGAAUUCUCUGAGCUGUGAUCAGAGCACCACCUACCUGACUCACUGCUUUGCGACUCUCCGAGCACUCAUUGCCAAGUUUGGAGACUUGCUGUUCGAGGAGGAGGUGGAACAGUGUGCUGACCUGUGCCAGAGGGUGCUGCACCACUGCAGCAGCAGCAUGGACGUCACACGGAGCCAGGCCUGCGCCACCCUCUACCUCCUCAUGCGUUUCAGUUUUGGAGCCACCAGUAAUUUUGCAAGAGUAAAGAUGCAGGUAACCAUGGCUCUAGCAUCCUUGGUAGGCAAAGCACCAGACUUCAAUGAAGAGCACCUGAGAAGGUCCUUGAGGACAAUUCUGGCCUAUUCAGAAGAGGACACGGCUAUGCAAACAACUCCUUUUCCCACCCAGGUGGAGGAACUUCUUUACAAUCUGAACAGCAUUUUAUAUGACACAGUGAAAAUGAGGGAAUUCCAGGAAGACCCUGAGAUGCUCAUGGACCUCAUGUACAGGAUCGCCAAGAGCUACCAAGCGUCUCCUGACCUGCGUCUGACCUGGCUCCAGAACAUGGCAGAGAAACACACUAAGAAGAAGUGCUUCACAGAGGCUGCCAUGUGCCUGGUUCACGCAGCCGCCUUGGUGGCCGAGUACCUGAGCAUGCUGGAGGACCACAGCUACCUGCCUGUGGGCAGCGUCAGUUUUCAGAAUAUUUCCUCCAAUGUGCUGGAGGAGUCUGCAGUCUCUGACGACACCCUGUCACCUGAUGAGGACGGAGUGUGCUCUGGUCGGUACUUCACGGAGAGUGGCCUGGUGGGCCUCCUGGAGCAGGCUGCAGAGCUCUUCAGCACGGGAGGCUUGUAUGAGACAGUUAAUGAAGUCUACAAGCUGGUCAUUCCCAUCCUGGAAGCACAUAGAGAUUUCCGGAAGCUGACCUCUACUCACGACAAACUGCAGAAGGCCUUCGACAACAUCAUCAACAAGGACCAUAAGAGGAUGUUUGGAACUUACUUCCGAGUUGGUUUCUACGGAUCCAAAUUUGGGGAUUUGGAUGAGCAGGAAUUUGUGUACAAGGAGCCUGCAAUUACAAAGCUCCCAGAGAUCUCACAUAGACUAGAGGGAUUUUAUGGCCAGUGUUUUGGUGCAGAGUUUGUGGAAGUGAUAAAGGACUCCACUCCUGUGGAUAAAACCAAGUUGGAUCCUAACAAGGCCUACAUACAGAUCACUUUUGUGGAGCCCUACUUUGAUGAGUAUGAGAUGAAAGACAGGGUGACCUACUUCGAGAAGAAUUUCAACCUUCGAAGGUUCAUGUACACCACCCCCUUCACCCUGGAGGGGCGGCCUCGGGGAGAGCUGCACGAACAGUAUCGCAGGAACACAGUGCUCACCACCAUGCAUGCCUUCCCCUACAUCAAGACCAGGAUCCAAGUCAUCCAGAAGGAGGAGUUCGUUUUGACUCCGAUUGAAGUUGCCAUUGAAGAUAUGAAGAAGAAGACCCUGCAGUUAGCGGUGGCCACUCACCAGGAGCCCCCUGAUGCCAAGAUGCUGCAGAUGGUACUGCAAGGCUCUGUAGGAGCCACUGUAAACCAGGGACCGCUGGAGGUAGCCCAAGUGUUCUUGGCUGAGAUUCCAGCUGACCCAAAGCUCUAUCGACAUCACAACAAGCUGAGGUUAUGCUUCAAGGAGUUCAUAAUGCGAUGUGGUGAGGCCGUGGAGAAGAACAGGAGGCUCAUCACAGCAGAGCAGCGGGAGUAUCAGCAGGAACUCAGGAAGAACUACAACAAGCUGAAGGACAGUCUCAGGCCCAUGAUUGAGCGGAAAAUCCCAGAGCUCUACAAACCCAUAUUCAGAAUUGACAGUCAAAAGAGGGACUCCUUCCACAGAUCCAGUUUCAGGAAAUGUGAAACCCAGUUGUCACAGGGCAGCUGAAAAAAGCCACCUUUGCCCAGAGUGACUGAGGCCCUACUACCCGGAAGGACUCGCUGGUCCAUGACAGCAGCCACCAAAGACUGACUACACAGUCCCUGCUCAGCCAGUGCUCUGGAACCUUCAGAGUCCAUGACCAUGGAAUGAUACCCAAGUGUAUUCUGGAAUAUCUUGGCCAUGCCAGGGAUUGGGGUGGGGUAGGUAAACGAGGCGUAACUGUAUUUAUUAAAGUAUGUUUCACAAUGCUAUACAAGCAAAACCUAAGAUGUUUCUGCUGAGUGGCUGGUCACUGUCCACCUAUGAAGUGACUUCUUCUGACCUGCAUUUGAAUUUCUAAGGUAAACUCAAAUUGUGGACAGAAGAGUGGAAAACUGUCCUGUGGCCUAUUCCAAGUGAAUUUCACUGGUCCCUUGGUGGGGAGGAAAGAUAAACUCCAGAAAAGUGAAACAUUUUCCAGUAUGUCUGUGAGAGGACGCCUUGGAAGCCUCUCCCUCAUGAUGGCUGGGAAUCUGGAAUACGUCGGCCUACAACUUGUCGUUUGCCCCUCCUUCAUUGCUGGACUGAGGGUCACUUCUGUUAAGCUGAGUGAGCCCACCUUUACCCAGGGGACAAUUGUGGGAGACAGACAGUAUAGGUUGCCUAGCCACAUAUCACUGAUGUCGUCAAAUUCUCCAAAGUGGGAUCGAUUCUCCUGUAACAUUUUGCUGAUUUCGUGUAUGCUUGCUCUCACUUUCUCCUUCUUCUCUACUCUGGGACAAUGUGGACUUUUAUACAAGGGUAACAACUCUGCCUUCAUAGCAGAACCUUGUGUUCUCUGUCUGCUACAAAAUAUAUUAGCUUCAGAUUCUUUUGAUGAUGUAUUUUAGGAACAAGAGAAAGUUAUUAUUUGAAAAUUAAAUUAUAUAUUUUUCAUACAA